UAUCACUUCCAGUUACUAUUCCAACUAGAAUUCAAAUUAAUUUGGAAUGUAUAAUUAAUGAAGCUACUCAAGCAUUUGAACGAGUUUUAUCUAAAAAAAUUUUAUCUAGUAAUUUAUUAAAAGUAUAUUUUAGUAAAGAUCUUUAUAUUGAAAUACAUGCUUCUCUUAAUAAUUUAGAUAAGUUAAGAUAUCUUGUAAAUAAAGCACAACAAAACCAAUUUCCUUAUAAACAAGGUUUAUUGAGAAUUGCUACAGAAUUCUGGAAUGGAAAUAAAGAAUUUAAUAGAUAUUUACAAGAAAUUGG